CUCCCAGCAGAGAAGCGGCCAGUGAACGGCGGAGCGCGCACCGGACCAUCUCGUUAACUUCCUAUGUCCCCUCCCCUCGUUCUCGGACAGCCUCAGCUUCAGAAGCAGCCACACACCGAACUACCGGGCUAACUACCGGCUAAAGAGAGGCUCCUCCACCUCCAGCACUCCAGACAGACUUAGACUGGUCGUCAUCGUCUGUUUUUACUCCGGAGACUGCGGAUUUUAUCCCUGGUUUAUUUUCCAGUGGAUAGGCUACUGAGAGUGCGCACCGCCUCCCCGAGACAAACUAAGUGUACGGACAUUAAGUCUGCGGUUAUAUUCGUUUUAUAGCUGGGGACUAAAAUCCUCUAGCCUUGUGUCGGUCCAGCAGUCUUCUCUGCCCCCACCCCCCCUCCGGUUUAACUGCACCGGUCAGACUUGGAAAGAGCAACAGCCUCCAUCGGCGCAUCAGUGAGGUAGAAAAGCCCUACAUCGAGCUGCAGCCAUGGAUGAGUGGGACGUACCCCAGAUGAAGAAAGAGGUGGAGAGCCUCAAGUACCAGCUGGCCUUCAAACGAGAGAAGUCCUCCAAAACAGUGACUGAUUUGGUAAAGUGGAUAGAGGACGGCGUCCCCGAGGAUCCCUUCCUGAACCCGGAGCUGAUGAAGAACAACCCGUGGGUGGAGAAAGGAAAGUGCAUCCUUCUCUAGAAGAUAAAAAACAACAACAACCACCCUGCCACAACCUUUCAACUUUAACCACGCCGACCAACACACACCUACAGAUGACCCCUGAACCCGACCCUCCUGUCCCGGCCUGUGAAAAGCCAUGGCAGGACAGCGCCUCCUAAUGUCUCACCGUGAAUGUACAACAGCUGAUGUCCCCCAACUUCCCUGAACACACACUCCAACAAGGGCACAAAAACACACACUGUCAGAGACACACACUCCAAACUUUAUUAAUUUUUUUCCCUGACCGCCACGUAUCCACUGCAAGUUUAUUCCUGCCACAGCAAUGCAUCAUUACUAUGAUAUAUGAUGACGAUGAUCAAUACUCCUAUUACGUGUCUCUGUAUGAUAGAUGACGACUUAUUUAUGCAGCUGCCAGUCACACGCUUCCUCUCCUCUUACAAUCUCUACUCUUCAUUGUGAGCAUAGCAGCUUUUCUUCCUUCCAUUUUUGAUGAGUUGUAAAAUUCUCACUGCCAGACUGACUGCAGAUCUGCUGAGGGAAUUUUGUUCCACGUUGAGAUAGAACUACUAGCUCUUACAAAAUGAUAAUAAAACCUAGGCACUUUUUCAAUUGAAAGUUAAUAGAUUGCACACUGUAGUUGACAAAAUAACUAACACCUCAUUACAACUAAACUAUUCGUAAGAACCUAUGAAGAUUCAUAAUUGAAUGAAGAUGAUUUAUAGUAAAUACAGUAUACUUAUAAUCCAAGGAUUUGCUUAUGUUGUCUUACAGACAAUGGUUUUAAUGUUUCACAAUUCCCCAAAGUUAGAAAUCAGCCUUAAAAGGCACGUCGGACCUUCAUGUAAAAGACUUUAAGACUCAUGACUGUAGCGUAUAUAUGAUGCGUAAAGUAAGAUUAAACCCAGAUGUGAUUUAACACAUUUAUAUUUACACAAAUCUGAUUGCUUGGUUUUCCUGGGCUACAUGUAUGUUGGCUUUACUCCAGAUUAGAGGCUGGUGGUAAUGCACCUCAGGCUGUUCAAUAAUGCCAAAAACACCGUAGUUGUUGGUGGCCCGAUUCGUACCGAAAACCCGAUCUGCCUUUUGGUCAGGGGUAUAGGACCUGAACAGAUUAUGCUUUCGGUAUGGAUCGGGUAGCGACAGUAGUAGUUUAGUUACGAGAAUAACAGUUCAGCUAGCUAGCUAACAACUAUCCAUAAGCUAAUGGUUUGAGCAUUUGAAUUUCAGCCCAUCUCAAAUGCCUCUUGGAUACAUUUACAAUCAGCUUUUUGGAUAUCUGACAGUAGGGCUGGGCGAUAUGGAGAAAAAAUAUCACAAUAUUUUUGACCAAAUACCUCGAUAACGUUAUUGCGACGAUAUGUAGGGUUGAAUUGGUGCUUUCACUAAAUAUUUACGCAAUGAGAUUUGUGAUAAAUAAUCAUCAGUAAUGUGGAUAUAAUGACUA